AUGGCUCCUGAAAAAAUUUUUAUACUUGAUAUCCCUACUGAUGGCACUCCAGAUUGUGAAAACAGAAUAUCACAACAUCGAAUCGGAUCAGAUUACAUUUAUGUAAUUUUUAAUUCAACAGAUUUAUUUUUUAAUCGCACAAUUAGUUCCGGAUUGGAUUUGAUUACUUUCACUUUCUGUGAAAAUCACGAAAACUGGCCAAAGGAAAGAAUGUCUGUACUACCCGCCUAUAAAGUCAAUACAAACGGAUCGCAAGCCGCAGCAAUAUUUUUAUCUGGUGUUAACGAUAAUAAUCAAAAUUUAUUUGCACAUGGCCAAUAUAACGUUCUCAAAUUUACACCAAUUAUACGCAAAAUACUUAAUACCGAUAAUGCAAUAAACAUAUUUAUAGGAUUUCCAAAAUAUUACGAAAUUCCGUAUGUUAAUUCCGAGAUACAAACUAUCGCGAAAAGUCGUAAUCCGCUUCUUAAAAAUUGCACUGUGCUUGAAAUACGUCCAAAAUCUUUUAUCGUUGAAAUAGAGACGGAAGUCUUCACUUUAACAGUUACUGACAUCAUCAGUGCUUUCGGCGGAUUUAAUAAUUCUAUCAAAGCAUUCUAUGUCAUAUUAUUUGGCGCGGGUCUCAUAAGCCCAUGGGGUUGCAUUCAAUCCUUUCCAGGAGUCAAGAAAAACGUCAAAAAAGAAUUCCGCAAAGACCUGGUUCGAAUUUUUCCAAAAGAUGACGAAAAAACCCUGAAGGAAGAUUAUCUGAAACAGGGUUUAUAUUAUCUAAAAGAAGAUGAUGAAAAAUUAAAAGAAUUAGAGAAAAGACAUGAAGAAUUGGAACUAUUCCUUAAAGAGUAUGUAGUAGAUAUUGAUAAGUUACUUGAAUAA